AUGUGUAAUUAACAAUAAACUUAUUAUAAAUAAACUGCCGAAAUGGAGUUCUAAACUAGCUUUGAUCGAGUUAACACUUAGCGCGCAGUAUGAGCGCACUCUUAGACCAAAAAUACCAAAGUGCAUUUGAAACCAAACAAAGCAGCAGCAACAGUUUGGUGCAUGGACAACAACAACGCGCGACCAGCUGGUCCAGUGCAUCCCAAAACGCUUUCCCGAAGCCUGACCUGCAGGAAAGAAAAGCCCACGCUUUUCACCGUGACCUCUUUGCCGAAUACACACCGAAUACGCGGACACUUUUGGGCUAAAGCCAUGUUUUGAGCCACCGAAAGGAGCUGAUAAUGCGGCGUUCCGAACCAGAUAUCGAGCCAUCGGACUCGGAUUCCUGCUCCUCCACGACGGACAGCCAGGCGAGCCACGAGCGGAUCACCCAGCGAGCGGAUGUGUUCACCAUCAAGGCCAUGUCGCCCAGACCCAAUGCUGGCCUCGGCGCCUGGCUAUGUUUGUUGCUUCCACUGGCCCUGGGCGUCCGCCUGUUGCAUUCCCCGCCUGGCUGCCAGGAUGAAGCCCAGAUGCAAUGGAUUCUCACUCUCUGCGGCGGAAUGGCCCUGGAAACGCUCUGUUUCUUCAUCUAUGCGUUUAUUAAGACGGGCAUCUUGGUCAAGUGCCUGGUAAGCCUUCUGCCUGGAGUGAUUACGAGUAUGUGCUUCUGUCUCCUGGCGGACACGUCACUCACCUUUGCGCUCUCCGUGGGAUUCGUGAUGACCGCGUCGUAUCAACAGAUUUAUAUUUACACACUGCGCGGCUUCAAGAACUCCUUCACGUAUGGCGAGGCUUCUGUUUUUGUCCAGGGACUGGUUCUCUUUGUCAUGAGUGCUAUCUAUCGAUUCAGUGGCUUGUUUUGCGACGGAUCCUGGGCAACUGAGGAUUUUGACAAACUCAAUAUGAUUAUGGUGAAUGCCCUUUUCUGGCUGCUAGUGUUUUGCGUGGCUCUAUCACACUUCCCGCUGAGGAAACCUGUGUCCUUUUAUCUGUCGUUUAGUGUACUCGUGGCGGCAGUCACCUGUAUGCCGGUGACACAACCCCUGCCCUUGAUUAACCUCAUCCAGUUCCUGCUCCGGGAUCAGAAUCGUCUGAGCAUCCUGGUCUUCUAUCUGCUGCUGGUUCUGCUCACCUGCAUCACUGUAGCCUGGCAGAUUGGCAGCACGUCAAGGGCCAAUACACGGGUGCGAAAGAUAUUCCAUCUCUUGAUAGUGCUCGUCUAUGUCCCGGGAGUGAUCUACGAGUGCGCCCUGCUGUACCUAGCUACUGGAGUGGCGUUGGCUGUAUUUGUGGUGCUGGAGUUGCUGCGUGUGCUUAAGAUUCCACCAUUCGCUGACAAACUCGGGGAUGCCUUUCGUUCAUUCAAGGAUGAGAAAGAUGCUGGCGAUAUGGCUUUGACUCCGUUUUGCCUGCUCAUCGGAUGCUCAAUGCCUCUUUGGUUGACGCCGUGUCCUUGCUCUGGCCGGGAUGUGCUGGCCUUGCUCUCGGGUAUUCUGGCCGUGGGUGUUGGUGAUACUGCCGCCAGUGUCGUUGGCUCCAAAUGGGGUCGCAGCAAGUGGGGAAAAUCAUCGCGAUCUGUGGAGGGCACCGUCGCCUUUGUGGCCUCCAUCCUGUUCGCUGUCUGGCUGCUGGAUUACGCCGGAUUAAUGGCCAUGACCCAGGCCAAGUGGUUUGCCACCAUUUUCGCGGCUCUCAACUCUGCCCUCAUAGAGGCCUUCACCGACCAGGUGGAUAACUUGGUGCUGCCGCUGAUAUUCUACGCUAUAGUGGGCCUGGCCUAAGCUGCUUUAAGCGGCUGUACAUAGUAUGUAACUAAUAGUAGCAUUCCCCGGUGUAUUUAUGUGUAAAUUAUAAUUAAUUAAGAACAAACUAUAAGUAAAUAAAAAUCAUCCGCUAUACGUUUAAAUGUUCUGUUAAUUAACAGUAUGUUAGCCAAGAUAAGGGGUCUUUAACAGCGUUGUGCACUGCUUUCCAACAGAAUGUUAACA